AUGGAAAUUGCUAAACUGUACAAGAAAGUCUUGACCGCUAUGGGAACCAAAAGGAAGUUGGGAAGCCACCUUGAAGAGCUCGCGCUCGAUGUUGAGGCUCAUUGUCACAAGUUGAGCGAAAUCGAAGAGCCCCUGCAGAAACCAUUCGCCACCGAGGCAUUGACAAACGUCCGCAGUGACAGGAAAGAUGCAGGAGCUGGCACGGAAGAAGUACUGCUGAAAGAGAGCAUCUCCGAGUUCCGCAAAUUGAAUGAAGAGAAGGGACAGAUCCUCCGCCAGCUCUGGGACGAAUGGGAAGACGUACAAUUCAAGAUUAUGAGUCUAGCUGUAGAGCUCUACGGCAAAGACUCGCUGCACGUCGUCCAAAUGGAGACAGGACCUACGAAACCAGGCCAGCGUGAGAGACUUCAUGACAUGUUCCAGGUUGCCAAGAUCGCAUAUGAUGAAAUGCGCCGGAACCACGCAGAUUUUCAACAAGGCCUGGAGGGAUUCGAAGAGGACAUGGGUCAAAUCUCCAACAAGGCCAGAAACGUAGCCAAGGAAAUACACGAGGUAUGUACUGCUCCGUGCCUCGAUGCCAAAGCUGUCCGUAACAAUGUGGUUCAGUCACAUGUGCAGAAAAGGACCGAGAACAUGAAGCGAAUCACAACUCUCCUGCAGCAGUUCACAGAAGAUUGA